UUUGAAAUUUGAAAUUGGAACUAAUAAGGAGGUCUUAAUGCAACCUAACACUCUAAGCUAGAUGAAUUAAUUAGCCCCAAAUAAAUAAUACACUGCGAACCGGGCCAAUAUAUAGCUUUUGAAAAACGUGAAUAUGGAAAUUAAAUUAAUACGAGCUGAACUCAACUGACCGGAAAACGUAAUCGGAGUUGGUCGUCGCCGCCAGCAACAUCGAGAAACUCCAGGUUUUCCUCCUCCUUCUUUUCAGAUUCCUUCCCCUCUUCUAUAGCGGGCGCGAAGAUCCGAUUCCAUCGCGAUUUGCUGCUGCGAUAACCACCGCUUCAAAAGGCAACGCACCGCAUCGCAGCAGAGCUCCACUCUGCACCGCGAUUCCGCGCUAAAGCGGCGCGAUUGACAACAUAAUAAACACAUUAUGAUUAACUGUUAGUUUUGCGGGGUUGGUAGUUCCCAAUGUGCACGCGAUGGAUAAUACUUCAACUCCUUCAGUUUUACAAUCAAACACUGAAUUAGCUACAUUCUACAUUUUAAACAAAUUAAAUAUUUGUAUUUCUUCUCGAGUUCUUUCAUCAACUUAUCAUCAAAUUUCAUGUAUUAACCAGGUUUUAAAUAGCGGUUGCAAUUGCCGCAUUAAUGAUUUCACUAUUUUGCACUAUCAUAUAAUAUAUAUAACAGUGGUUGAGAGACGAGAGAAGGUCACAAGUAAAGGAGAUUAUCAGUUUUCUCUUUAUUCCUCUCUCUUCCAGCCUUCCUCUCUCCCUCCUCCAGAAUCAGAUUCACGAAUCACGACAAACGCGCGCCGCGUCACUCUGCCUCCGGUCCAGAUCGCUCCUCUGCUCGCUGCGGGCCUGCGGCCGCCUCUGCCUGACUGCCUCUGUGGCCGUUCGCUCUCUGUUUGCCGCAACCUCAUCUGUCUCCAGAUUGUGUUGCUGCUUUGUUCAAAAAGGAGAUUUUAAUGGAUGCUGCAAACAG